CUUCAAACUCGACUGUGACAUGGCGCCCAAGACGUCAACCAAGCCAUUGCCGCUCAGCGACAUCCUUCAUGACCUGGCCCUCCUACGUGUGUCAAAUGUAGAUCUAUCAGUUCUCGUCCCGUCAUCUUCAGAGGCGACGUCCCCGGACACAAGUGUCGAGAUCUCUGUCCAGCGGUCGCAUGACUUCAUCCAGUCAGCACGCUCCGCUUUGAGGCUGCGAGACAUGGAGACCGCAGAUGCUGAGGGAAGGCGAUUAGACGCUGUGAGGAUCCGUUUAGAUGAACUUUCCCGUGGGCUGAAGGAGUAAUGUGAGCAAUACUUGCCAUGGUUUUACAUGCACUUUACAGAACCUUGUAGCGUAUAUUCUGGUUAAGUGUUCGAGAGAUGCUAUACAAUUGUUUUUGCUUCC